AUGGUUUUUGCUAGAGCCAAGCACAGCAAGGUAGUGAAUAUCUACAAUUGGCUAAAAUGGUGCUACCAAUUAGUACAACUACAGUAUUUUCCUACGUGAUCCCCUUUCUCCUCUCAAUUCUCAUUUUACGUCCCAUUUUUUCAAAAUUAUUACCAAAACAUCACCAUAACCUCCUCCGUCGUCCGCCGUCCCCGAUGGCUUUGCCUGUUAUCGGACAUCUCCAUCUCCUAAGCUCGAAUCUUCAUCGUAGUUUUCACGAAUUAUAUUGCCGUUACGGUCCUUUAUACCAGCUACAUAUUGGACAUCAAUUAUGUUUCGUAGCUUCCACACCUCAACUAGCAAAAAUAUUCUACAAAAACAAUGAAUUCAUUUUUUCAUCUCGCAACUGUUCACCCGCUGUGAUAUUACUAACGUACGAUGCUUCUUUCGCCUUUUCGCCCGUUGGACCCUACUGGAAAUUCAUUAAAAAAAUUGCAACAUACGAGCUCUUGAGCGCGCAUAAUUUGAACAAUUUUCUCCCCCUUAGAGCGCGAGAAAUAACGCGAUUCCUACGAACGCUGAUGAAUAAAGCGGAAGCUAAGGAGACGACGGUGAAUUUGACGAAGGAAUUUUCAAAAUUGACGAGCAAUAUUAUUUCUGGGAUGAUGAUGAGUUCUCGUUGUUCGGAGAAUGAUAAGGAAGCUGAGGAGAUCAUACAAGUCGUGAAGGAAGUUACGGAGAUUUUUGGAAUGUUUGAUGUAGCUGAUGUUAUAGGGUUUGGUGGGUGGUUUGAUUUUCAAGGGAUAAAGAAGAGGGCACGUAUUACUCAUAAAAAAUAUGAUGCUUUGCUUGAGAAGUUUAUAGCAACAAGGAAAAAACUAAGGAGUAAGAGGAAAUUGGAAGAAACAAAAGAUCAUGAGGAGGCAGGAAAGGACCUGCUGGACUUGCUGCUUGAUAUUAUGGAGAGUGAAACAGUAUCUGAGGUGAAGAUAAGUCAAGAUCACAUAAAGGCAUUGAUCUUAGAUUUCAUUACUGCUGCAACAGAUACAACAGCACUUACUCUAGAAUGGGCCAUAGCGGAGCUUACCAACAAUCCAAGUAUCCUAAAAAAAGCCCAACAAGAGAUUGAUAAUGUCGUGGGAAAGCAUCGAAUAGUAGGAGAACUAGAUGGCCCAAAUCUUCCAUACAUCCAAGCAAUCAUUAAUGAAACAUUUCGUCUUCACCCACCCGUUCCUUUACUUGCAAGAAAAUCAGUUGAAGAUUGCAAUGUGGAAGACUAUCAAAUUCCUAGUGGAUCACUAGUGUUUGUGAACAUGUGGUCCAUUGGGAGAAACCCAAAAUAUUGGGAGAACCCAAUGGAGUUUAGGCCUGAAAGAUUUUUAGAGCCCAGAGAGGGAGGCCCAAUAUUUGCAAAAGGACAUUGCUUUGAGUUAUUGCCUUUUGGUACAGGAAGAAGGGGUUGUCCUGGUAUGCCUCUUGCCAUGAGAGAGUUACAUGUUGUGCUUUCAACUGUAAUUCAGUGUUUCGAAUGGAAAGCAGUGGAUUCGAAUGGAGAGAUAAUGCGUAAUGGAGUUGAUAUGACUGAACGACCUGGAUUAACUGCUCCACGUAUCCAUGAUAUGACGUGCCUUUUGGUGCCGCGAAUUGAUUUGCCUCGUAUGAUUCAUCAAUCGUCAUCUCUGAAAUGAUCCAUGGUAUCAGUGUACGCAGAGUUCUUCAAUUCAACCUCGUUGCGUGAGGAUAUAUUAUGUGUUAUAGAUAUUAGUUAAAUAAAAUGUGUGGAGAAUCUUAAUAGCUUGUUCUCUUGUUGGUGAGGGUUGAUUCACAUCUUGUAAAUCCCUCCCCGUUUUCCCUUCCCCUACCCCUACUAUAAUUAAAUAAAAGCUAUAGUAAGUUAGAAACGGUCAAAAGCUUCUGUACAGUUUCUUUUGAUGCUACAAGUUUGCUUAAUAUAUUGAUUAAGGACUUGAGAAGUAGUA